GUUCGAACCUCGAGCAGACCGAUCGUGAGCCCGAUCGUAAUCCUGGACCAAAUAAACCGACGCCUCGGAGGAUCGUGCCAGGAUCUUCUGCCAUGCGAUCAGGAGCAUGCAGAAGCCAUUGAGAGAACUGGGCCGACUGUGCCUCAAUGCCGGCGGACAGAGCAACGUCGUCGUCGCCGAGGUCUGCAACGAGACGCGCGGGGGGCUCCCGCUUCUUCAGGUAUGGCCGAGCGACUCGCCCAGAGGCGAAGCCGACGGACAGGCCCAAGCUUUCUUGUUUCCAGAUGUGCAGGAAAACGUCAACGACAGCGGCAUCGAGUCCAUUCAGGCGUCGCCGUCGCCAUGCGGUGCCGUCUGCAACAGUCCGGCGACGACGCCGCAGCAGUCACGUCGCGCCAGUCUUCUGCAUCCGGAUCACGCGCGGCUGCACCUGCAUCAUCUGCACCACAACCACCAUAACGCGGGCUCGAAGAGUCCGCCGUCGCCGGACCGGACGUCCAUAGACGAGGAUCAGCCACCUGCGCCGCCGAGUCCCUCCAGCUCGACCACCAGCAGCCUGCGAUCGAUGCCGAGCUCGGCGAUCGCCUCGAUGCACUCCCAGGACCGAAGACGCAGCAGCAGCAGAUACAGCAUGUUCGACGCCUUGGAUCUGGAGUACGCCCUUCUGAGGGCCGCGGCCCGCGGCUCCGUCGGCCCGUAUUCCCUGUCGGAGUCCCUCCACAAGCUGACCUUCACUCAGAGCCUGGCCUUUCCCGCCCUCGCGCGCGGUCUCGCCUCCAAGCAGAGCGUGCCGGCGAGAAGACCCCAGCAGCACGCGGAGAGCGGGCUGAACGCUUUCGCGAAGGUGGUGACCGCGCUGGUGCUGAUGCUGGUGAGCGUGCUGGUGUUCGGUGUGGUCUACAAGUUCGCCAGAACGUGAGGCUGGCUGCUGGUGCCCAGUCGGCAUCCUGGCUCGAUGCCGCAGGAUAGCGGACGUUUGGGCGCCAAUGGCGUGUUUAGCGGUAACGUUUGACGGACGAACCUCCUGCCUGCGAGGGAGAGCGAAGCGACAACGGAACGACGCGUCCACCAUCGGGAUGACGACGUUCGGACGUUCAGCUUGAGCGUGAAUCUUUCAACGACAAGAUCGAUGGGUGGAAUCGAGGAUGAACGGUGAGGAGUGUGCGAUAAUCGAUACGCGACUCACCCCGCACGCGGCUGGCCAGAGGUGUGGAAACAAUUUUAUACGUGACUUGUUGUUUCGUCGGAGCGCGACAAAUUUGGCGCGUAUCCGGGUGUAUUUGAUAGGAAGGAAGCGUGAAAGGAGGAUAAUGAGAAACACGAUAGUGAUAAUGAAACACCGACAACGACGGCCCGUUGCGUCGGGCAGAAGCUUGGGCGUGCGUGCGUUGACUAAAAGCAGCAAUUCGCGUUUUGAUGGCGGAUAAAUGCGUGCGGAUGGUAUCAGGUUGGCGGCGAGAAAAAAUUCCGAUGGGGAGGACGCGCGGAGAGGUUGUAAUAUAAGAGAGGUUGUAAUUUAUAAGAGAGGUUGUCAAAUCUACGUCUCCAUUUGCUACGAGUCUAUAUAUAGCUGGUCUAUAUUUCUUAAGAGAUAAUUGUGUACUUGCGAAAGCGCGGCGAAGAGAUGCAUUGAUGACGUCGGAAUGAAAUCCCGGCGAAUGCAGUUGCGAGUCGUGGCAUCUCGUUAACGAAUACAAAUUUGUGCUCCAGUCUCGUCGAGGUGAGACAGAGUUUCGGGUGCAUCGCUAUCGCCGAUAUAACUCGAGUUGCGAGAACUCGUUAAAGGACUCUUCAAUGUGUUGUAUUUUACCGAAUCGUCAAGAGGGAAAGAGAGAUGGAGAUAGAUAGAGAAAGGGAGAGGGAGAGAGAAUGAAAGAGGCGGUAACUGGAGCGGCAGGGGCAGUUAAUAAAGAUCGGUUUCAAAUGGAAGUGAAAUUUAACGACGCGACGAUGACGGAACAAUGGACGGAUUGAAUCAUUCGGACCGUCUGUAUGAAAUCGAUUACGCAUUGCGACAUUCGAGCGGACGUUUGAAAUUUCAAUCAUGAUUGAAUUGUGGCUCAAAUGUAGAUACUUUGCCGAUGCGGACAGAGAGUGAGAGAGGGAGAGAGAGAAAUCGAACGAAAUAAAUGAAGCGAUUCUACUUUCGGGAUUACUGAAGUGUCCUCGAAUACCAAUAGCGAUCUCUAUUCAAGACGACAAAGUCCUAUGCGCAUUGAUUUUCAGCGCAUUUCACCUUGACUGGACCACGUUACGACAAACUUUCGCUCCGGUUAAAACCGUCUGAAUCUAACCCGAGUAAAUCCUCGCGAAGAAAUACAUAUACAGGGUGUUACACUCAUGUACACAGCAAUAUACCAGGUUGUCGUUACAGGCGCACGAAUUCCGGACUGUCGUGUGCGCUCUCUCACUCUCUCACAUACGUGGCCCUGCAGCGGUAACUCGGCGUAUUGUUCCGUAUGUAAGUGCAACACCGUAAGUACAGCCUAUGUACACGGUUUGUGAGAGACACGGGGGGAGGGAGGGGGGUUAUUCUUUGCUCACCCCUUUCUGUGCUCUCCGGGACCGCGUCUUUCCAAUUGUUCUGUCCAACUGUUUGAUUUCGAACUCUAAGAGCCAAAUUCACGAUCUCCGGUUAACUGAAUCAGCUGAUUAUUCCAGUGGGAUUGACCAAUCGCAUUCGUCGUUAAGCAGAAUUGACCAGAAAUAACGGUCGAACCGGUCGCUUGAGUUAAUUGGAGAUUGUGAAACUGGCCUUAAGAUUCCUCGACUCUUUCUCCGGCCAAGCCCCGUUGCUUUGCAGCGCCUUGUCCGCGCGCGGAGUCACCACUUCCUCCGCACGGACGUGCAUGCGAGCAUAAUAAUAAUCUCACGAAUUCUCCGGGACGCCCCGCGACUGUCUUUACACAAGUGCUUUACCUAACUUCUCUCAGUGACAAUCGGCCGGAUAGCCUCGUUCCCGGUAACCUUAUUCUAACGUUAAGCGCGGCUCGGCGGAGCCAGCCUCCGCGAUCGGAAACGACGAAACUUUCCGCUAGAAUUAAACGGUUUCCGACAACGGCGCCGUGUUAAAAUCCGAAGGCAGCUAAUCGUCGAUGCUUUAAUUAAAGCGCAACGUGGCUUGAAACUAAAUCGAACUCUCGCAAUAACCGAACGGGUCUCGCGCUCGCCGUGCGCCAGCUGAUGACCGACGUGUCGAAGGUGUCUGCGUAUUUUUAUAAAGUAUCACAUCGAUCGUUACGUCAGCAAGUAAAAAUAAAUCCGGCUCGCUUGACACGUGCUCCUCUCUUCAUUGAGGAGAUUCUCCGGGAGGUCACCAUUUAUUUUUGCUAGGUCCUAGGAUGCGAUUUCGUUUUGAGCCAGCGAUUAGCUCAGAAGAGACGCCCGAUGAAACAUCUCGGAAUUUAUUUCGUACAGCCUAGUCGGCCAUAUUUUAUGGAUGAUAAAACACACACACACACACACACAUAUAUAUAUAUAUAUGUAUGUAUAUACACAUAUAUAUUAUAAAUAUUUAUGGUCGUUACAUGGAGGCGCAUCUUCGUUACUUUGAUGUUAUGCUUUGUACGAAGCAACGAAAUUUCUAAAAAUAAUCAAGACGCGUCACACACGCGGAUAGCGGAAUUACCGCACUCUACCUUUUUUAACUAUCGUAUUCUGUACAACGUAUGUACACAUAUGUAACGCUGCUGCACUCUACGUGAAGAGGAGAAUUUCUCCUUCCUUACUCCCUUUACAUAUACGAUAUGCGACGUCAGACUUAAAAUUAAUCUCGCGACGGCAUUCUGCCGCCGAGACAGAUCGAAAUUCUGACGAAGGUGUACUUACCUUACAUCUCGCAACGAUAUGCGAGACGUAUACUGCCCCGAGGAUUUUGUAGACGAGUCG